CAGCAAUAAAAUCUAUAUCGAUUACCUAUCACUGAUUUCGUCUGUUUUGAAAGAAAAGAUUACGGCACCAUUGGACUAGAGAUAUGUAUUAUCCAAUAAGUUGUCUCACGCCCCUUUCAAUCGAUUUUUGAGGAAGUGGCAAUGCCACAUGGAUGAGCUCUCGUUAUCUGCCUGCGAAGUGUUAAAAACAGAGGCAUAUUUGUCAGGCACGUGCUAUAUAUGAAAUCAAGUUGUACAUUCUAGCAUCCGAUCACAUUCAAUUUUUUGGAGUUUAGUAUUCAUAGGAAUCAGACCAAAUUCAUUUCCAAUAACGACAGAUUAAAAGAUUCGAGAGGACAGGACACAAAGAAAUGUAUUUAAUCACAAACAAAUACUAAAACUGGAUGAACAAGAUGCAAAUGACCGUAUUGACUUUUCAUCUGAUUGUUUCCAUUUCUCUUGCUGCUGAUUAUGCUACAUCCAAAGACGACAUCCGCACUUUUGAUGGGUCAGCCGAAAACAUCAGUGCUAUAGCCGGAACUACAGCAAUAUUGCCAUGCUCUGUCGACCUGUCUAACUCAGAUCCGUCAAAGGAGAUAACAUGGAUGAGUCCGAAACACAUACUUAUAUCUAUUGGUGAAAAACGUAUCAUAGACGAUACUCGAAUGUCCAUCAUACGGCCUAGAAUUCCUGACUGGAACCUUCAGAUCCGAGAAUUAGAAUUCUACGACAGGGGAAUGUACAUCUGUUCCUUAAAUACGAAACCAAUGAGUAAAAAGAAUGUUUAUUUGGAAGUUUAUGUAAAACCCACUAUUUCCCACGAAACAAACAACGUUAAGAGGAAUUUGAAAGAGGGAGAAACAGCUAAUCUUACCUGCAAUGCCACUGGCUACCCCGAGCCUACAAUAACUUGGUAUAGAGAAAAAGAAGCAAUAGGACGGCAAGGACCAUACUUAUUGGUACACAACAUCACCCGUUAUUGCAGUGGAACUUACACGUGUCAUGCAUUCAAUGGAGUAGGCCCAGCUGUUUCCAGAGUGUUUUCAAUCAACGUACAUUUUCAACCUGAAGUGCAAGUGCUCAAUAGGGAACAAAAGCAAGACUUAAGAAAAGAAACCAUUAUUCAGUGCGAAAUUUCAGCAUCACCACAGGCUAUUGUGAACUGGAGAAAAGGAGAUCAUAUAUUCACAGCGAACAGCUACCAAAGAAUUACUCCAGAGAUUUACGAAAAGAACAUUUACGUAACUGUCCUUCGUCUUAGAAUUCAAAACCUUACUUGGAGUGAUUUUGGAGAGUACAUAUGCGAAGCAAGUAAUCGUUUAGGCAAAGACCAGGAAAUGAUGCAACUCAUUCCUAUAGAUGGUGUUUAUGGUACACCAGAACCUCCACCAAAAAACAUCAGUCACCCGAAGACUGUGGUUUUCAAUUUUUCAACUGCCUUUAAUGAUGGAGCGAAAAAAAGUUACCAUCGCCAAAAAGCUAGAGUACUUCAAACUCCUACCAGAAUAAUGCAUGAUACACGACGUAAUGCAGCAUCAGUAGAGUGGCAAAAUAGUAAAUACAACCAUCAACAGCCGUACUUGUUUCUAUUUCUUUGGUGUUUAGUAAAUGUAUGAUGUAUCUAACUAUUCAAUUCAGAAUUAAAGGGACCUGGACACGAUUUGAGAUGGAAAAUUUGAUAUUUUAGUUUUUCGAUAUCAAAUGAUUUAUUUGUGUAUUUUGAAAGAUUUACCAACAUUUCAAGGCUAGAAAUUAACUUACAAGCGAGAUACAGAGGAAAGAGGUCGGUAUUAUGUAAACAAAGCUCGAGUCUUAUAAUUGUUUACAAUAUUGUAAAAUAAAAAAAAGAUAUCACUUCUUUGACAAAACUUUAAGAUAAAUCUAGAUAAUUUUAUCAUCAACGAAAAGCAACAUUAGAGUGAAACUUAUACCAAUACAAUGCAUACGUAAACAACAACAAGACUCAAGCUUUGUUUACAAACCAAAGAACCUCUGUAACUCCUUGUAACUCUAUAUUUGACUUUCAAGUUUUGACAAAGCAUUAGAAACAUCCAUAUUAACCAUUAUAGACAAUAAAAUCUAAAGAAAUAAAUUUUGAAAAAAUUUGAGCUCAAAUCGUGUCCAAGCUUAAGUCCUUUCAAAGGUUUUUGAAUUUUAUAUGUGACGUGUCCACGACGUGUAUUGCAAAUAAAAUGAAGACUUGAAUACAUGUGUGUCAAUAAUUAUUUAAUUCAUUCUUAUGUAUCUAUCAUGUAUCGCCUGUUGAUUUAUUUUGCAAUGUCUAUUUCACUAUAAGAGUUUGCAUGUUGCGUACUGGCAUGUUAGUUAAUUUUCUUUUACAACAAUACAUUCCUUUUCCCUAUACAUGAUGAUGAUGAUGAUGAUGAUGAUGAUGAUGAAGAUUUGACAGUUAGCGAUAUAGUCAUUUCAUGCAUAUCUUUCACAAUUUAUGCUAUGAUAUGCGAUUUUAAUGAUUUGCUAUGAGAUUUGUAUGCUAUGCUAUGAGAUUUGUAUGCUAUGCUAUGGGGAAUUGAAAUGAAGAGCUUAAUGAUAUGGUAUGCAUUGCUAUGAUAUGGUAUGCUACGAGAUUUUAACAAAAACGCCUCCAUACACAGAAGAGUUCCACACAUUUUGAAGUAAAAUACUAAGAAACCAAAGUUUACCACAAAUCUAUCAUGUGAACAUUUAUUUUUUAAAAAUAAAACAUUUAAAACCGAGUUAAAUAAUGUUGUAUGCUAUGCAAUGGUAUGCUAUGGUAUGAUAUGACGAAUGAGAUUCAAUGAGAUUGUAUGCUAUGGUAUGAGAUUCCAAUGCUAUGCUAUGAAAUUUCAAUGCUAUGCUAUGAGAUUUCAAUGCUUAUGCUAUGGUGUAUGUUGUAAAAGAUAUGCUUGAACCGACUGUACAUCCACUAUAUAUUUUGCACCUUGAAAUCUUACGCCUUUUUUUAAAAACGUUCGUUGCAGUUUAUAGAGUUUAAAAUUAUGCAUUACAAGUUGUUGUAUAUCUUUAAAUUUCAAUGCAACAGUAAACUGAUAUUUCUCUUAAAAUGAUGAAGACUGUGAAGCUAUUUUUACCAUAGUGUUACCUAGAGUUGCCAAAAAUAUUUUACUUUGAAUUAUCUAGUUAUGUUUUUUUUUUGGUGUGUUAUAUCCUUCUGUUAAACAGUAUCAAUUACUAUGAUCUUAGCCUUUUGUGUAUCUUCUUUUCUCAAAACAUUUUAAUGUUUUAAUGUUGCCUUGUCGCAUAAACGCGAAACUUUUGUGAUAGAACGCGUGCGUUUUGUGAUGCGAAACUUUCGCAAACAAACGCGUAACUUUCACAAAGCGUCGUCGCGUACAGACGCGUAAAUUUCGCUACAAAACAAUUGCGAAUCUUUCACGAAUAAACGCUAAAUUUCAAUAUAAAUAUUUUUGUUUCAAACAAAAACGAUGAAAAAGAAUCAUGAGUAAACAUUAAUACAGCAAUAAUAUAUUUCUUUUACUUCUUUUAAAUUUUUCAGCAUUUCAUAAAAAUAAUCCGA